CUCCUAGAGCGUGCUGCCACGGAGUUAGUGACCGGGACGGAAGACAGUGACGCGCGCCUCCGGCCCUGGCAUUUCCCGGCUCCCCGCAGCUCUGCGCCCCCGAAAGCUCCGGCGUUGCGGGAGGGGGAAACCCUAGCCGCCUCCUUCGCUCUCCCGCCGCCCCGCCCCUCGCUGUCGGGUCGGGGGGCGGAGCGAGGAGCGGCGCACGCGCCGUGACGUACGCCAGGGCUGUUGCUGUGGGAACGACUUCCUGCGCCCGCAUCCAGACUCCUACCCCGAGGCAGUCCUGCGAGCGGUAUCCCGGAGCUCCCAGUCUCCACCUCCACUUCCAGGUACUUGCGGAUUCGGCCUUCCUGCGGGGGAAAUCACCCUACAGUCACGUCUGAGGGGCUGUGGCUAUCGCCUCUUCCUGCAGCGCCAGACUCCGCCCCUCCUCAAAGUCGAAUGAAGUGCUUCUUUGUGCGCUGCAGUUGGGUGGAAACAACCCCCUCACGGCGGUUUUAAGACCUUGCCCUGCAGAAGAUGCACUUUCUGUAUUUCUCUAAGGCAGGAAGUCAUUAUGUGACUAACACAUUUUCAUCAGAUUUCCUCUGAUUUACCCUGAAGUGUAUGUGAGAAUGAUGUGCACUGCCAAGAAAUGUGGAAUUAGGUUCCAGCCUCCAGCGAUUAUCUUAAUCUAUGAGAAUGAAAUGAAGGGGAAAAGUCGCCAACGCAUCAUGCCAGUCCGAAACUUUUCAAAGUUUUCAGAUUGCAGCAGAGCUGCUGAACAGCUAAAGAAUAAUCCACGACACAAGGAUUACCUGGAACAAGUGUCCCUGAGGCAGAUAGAGAAGUUAUUCAGUUUUUUACGAGGUUACUUAUGGGGGCAGAGUUUGGCAGAAACAAUGGAACAAAUUCAGCGGGAAACAACACUUGAUCCUGAGGAAGACCUGAACAAACUAGAUGACAAGGAACUUGCUAAGAGAAAGAGCAUCAUGGAUGAACUUUUUGAGAAAAAUCAGAAGAAGAAGGAUGAUCCGAAUUUCGUUUAUGACAUCGAGGUUGAGUUCCCACAGGAUGAACAGCUGCAGUCCUGUGGCUGGGACACAGAGUCAGCUGACGAGUUCUGAUAACAGAAACUCAAAAAAUUGAUUGGGCUAGUGGAAAAUCCAUGUUUGUACAAGGAUGUAUAAACAUGGUUCUAGAAAAGUCUGUAAAGAACACUUAAUGUACAUGUUGGGUCAAGUUUGGAUUGACCAUGUUACUUUUCAAAACCAGGACAUGUAGAGUAUCUACUAUGUAGAUGCAUGAGGAAUAUACAAAAACCAGAAUGUAGGAAUCUGCCUUUAAGGAGCUUACAAUCUAAUUGGAAGAUGACUCAAAAACUUGUGAAAAGCUAAUUAACAGAAUUAGGUAGCAAAAAGAUUAGAGCCAGAUGCUUGAUAAAAGUUAAAGAGGGUCAGAGCCUAGAGUACCAUAGUGUUAGAAGAGUCAGGAAGGACUGUGUCCUUUCAUAGAGAGAUGGGACUUUGCCUGGCCCUCGAAAUGAUGGUGUUUGGAAGGAAGUUUAUGUAGAAUUCCAGAUGAGAAAAGCUGGGAGAAAAAAGAGGCCAGAGGUAGGGGGUGGGUAGUGGUAAAGAGAUAGGGAUUAGAACAUUUUGGGGGUGCCUGGGUAGCGCAGGCAUUGGGCGUCUGCCUUUGGCUCAGGGCGUGAUCCCAGUACUCUGGGAUCAAGCCGCACAUCAGGCUCCUCUGCUGGGAUCCUGCUUCUUCCUCUCCCACUCCCCCUGCUUGUGUUCCCUCUCUUGCUGGCUGUCUCUCUCUGUCAAAUAAAUAAAUAAAAUCUUUAAAAAAAAAAACAAAACAACAUUUUAUUUGAGGAACAGUAAGCAAACUAUAGUUUGGUAAGAUUGGAGGGCAUGGACGGUUACCAGGGGAUUAUCCUGUGUGCACUGUGUCUUCAUAUGUAUUUAAGUCUGGAGUAGGAGAAUAGCCCUAGAGAAUGCCCUGCGGCUGCGAAUGGAUGUCAUCUGAUGGACAGCAGGGCAUUCUGCUGCUCCAGGAUCAGGAAAACUGUACUAAAGAUAUUCGGAAACCCCGAAGCUCUUCCCAUAAAUAAAGAGGUUUGUUUGUAAAAUGGGAAAUCCAGCCAUAAUGAAUGACUAAUAGGCAUUGCUAGUGUAGGCCUAUUCAUGAGUUUGGAUCUACAAAGAGAUCUUUGUUGAACGAGGUUAUAUGUGUGCAGAUACAUCUUUCUUCUUACUAGAAUAUUGUUUAAUUGGCAGAUAUUCUGUGUUUUCUGCAAGGAGAUUAAUACUCAUUAAAUAAAACUGUAAAAAUUAUUCA